CAUUGCCGUAAUAGGGUCCUUGCACCGGUGCACAGGUUGUCAGACCGCUUUGUCACCGUCUGUUGUCAGUUUCCCUCACUUCCAUGGGGAGAUAGGACAAUACAAUUGACGGAUUAAAUCGAGAGGUCAAACCCUGGUAUGGCGCACGUGAUAAGGCUUAAAACGAACCGAUUUUACGGAUGAUCUCACACUGUUGGGAUACACUACGAUUUGUAUGUGGAUUUGUAGUGCAUUUGAAAGUGUUGCGUCAAAAAGGUUUCCCUUGAAAAUCUGCAAAAUAUGCCUACCUGUUAAAGCUGUUCAUUCAACUGGAACCAACGUUGAAUAGCUCUGGAGUGGCAUAUUUACUGUGACUGGGCCUGUCAAGGUGCUUUACUGUCACUUUCAAUGACCUUUAGACAGCUUUAUAUGGUUUUAUUCAAUCGGCCAGUAGCGGCAUAGAAAUAAAAGGGAAUGCCAAACAACCAAUUCUCUAUUUACUACUGUAUAGCAGUGUCUUCAUUGACAGCGUUGCAGUCUAUUCAGUAAUCGAACAGAGGCCUAGCCAGUCACAUUUACAUGUUGAUCUGACAAUUUGUUGGUUGUCCAGGCCUCGGAUCUGUUUGGAGGUUUGAAAGGGUAGACGAAUGAAGACCUAACUCAAACUGGAUAUGUUGCAGUGAUCUGGUGCGCUAAUCUUCUCGUUCUCUGACAAAGUUCCGAUAAGGGAUUACUUGCAAUCAUGGCUGACGAAAAGUUUAUUGAGGGGACGGUGGAAUACGCCAAAACGGAUCCCGAGAAAGUGGAAGUGGAAGUUGUGCGAUCACCGUCAAAGAACCGCUUGAAGGGAACGAGGUUGGGAAGCAAUGAUAGCGGCCAGAAAAGCCAGCGUCCAAUCCUGUUUGAGCGUGCCGCGCGGACAUGGUGGAAUCCUCAAUUCGAUUCGAAAAAACUUGAGGCACAACACCAGAAAAGUUCCUUCCCACAAACUCUGCGACGAUUUCAGUAUGCGAUGUUUUACAUCAUUGCGUCGUGUACAGCAUGGGGGAUUUUCUUCGCGUGCACUUCCGGCCCAAACUGGGUACCGUUCGUUGUCUGUGACGUCAUUGUCAUCGUAGUCACCAUUCUGGUUGUCAUAUUUACGUAUACCCGUUUCUACCAGCGGUUUAUGCUGCCUGUUUCACUCGUGAUAUCACUCUUUCUCUGUGCCUUGCUGUUAGGGUCCUUUGCCUUUAAGGACCCGGACCUAAGCCAUGUCUGGGUCUUUACCGGUUCCGUAGAGAUUAUCAUUAUGAUGUAUACGGUCAUCCCGAUGCCAUUCUAUGUCAGUGUGAUCAUUGGUGUGAUACAUUCUGUUGUCUUCGAGGUUCUGUCCGCCGUCACUCAGGAGGAAAGUCCCGUGAAUUUGAUCAUCGGGAAGAUUCUUCUUCACCUGUGUAUCCAUUUGGUCGGGAUUCAUAUCUGUAUGAUGUCACAGGUCCGUGUGCGGAACACGUUCUGGAAAGUUGGCCAGUCCAUCAUGUCACGCCGCGAUCUCUCUGUCGAGAAACAGAUCAAAGAGAAGAUGAUCCACUCCCUUAUGCCGCCGAGCGUCGCAGCGGAGGCGAUGAAGAGUCGCGACGAUAAAGAGGAGGAGCCGCAUGAAGUAAAAAGGUCCAGGAAGAAAAACAACAAGAAAAAGGGUGAGAUUCGUUUCCGCGCAUUCAACAUGCAUCGAAUGGAAAAAGUCAGUAUCCUGUUUGCAGAUAUUGUUGGUUUUACCAAGAUGAGUUCCAAUAAGACUGCCGAACAUCUCGUAUCGCUUCUCAACGAUUUAUUUGGACGUUUUGAUAAGAUCUGUACAAAGUCUGGCUGUGAGAAGAUCACCACUCUUGGUGAUUGUUACUACUGCGUGUCCGGUUGCCCGGAGGCGCGUCCGGAUCAUGCAAAAUGCUGCGUCAGGAUGGGCCUCGCCAUGAUCAAGGCGAUUCAGAAAUUCGACGAGGAUAACAACGAGGAGGUCAACAUGCGUGUGGGCGUCCAUACUGGCACCGUCCUCUGCGGAAUUGUCGGUACGAAAAGAUUCAAAUUUGAUGUCUUCUCGAAUGACGUCACGUUUGCUAAUUUCAUGGAGUCGAGUGGACAGCCAGGUCGUGUCCACAUCUCGGAAUUUACGUACAAGUGUUUGGAUGACGAGUAUGAAGUUGAUCCGGGUCAGGAUGUUAAAGAUGACCGAGUGGUGAAGGUGUUGACUGAGGAUUAUGAUGCGUCGACGAAUCGCUACACGAUAAGACACGUACAGGAUGACCUGGUCAUCAAGACAUAUUUCAUCAUCGGGCGCAAACCAAAAGUCGGAUCGACCAGUGACAGCCGACCGCAGUCCUUCAAAGACGACUUCCAUGACGAUAGCGCGAGUGAGGACGGAUCUGAACAGGGCAAGGUACCAAGUCCUGAGCCGGUCAGAAAAUCGAGUCUGCGGACUCAAAUGAUAACUAAUCAUAUGGAGACACAGGGUGAUGUAAACAAUGAGAAUGCCGCUGCAUUACUCCACCGUCGAGGCAGUGAGUUUGGUAGUGACGAGGCUCUCGCCAAUGAGCAAAAGGACACGCAAGAAAACGGCGGUGUGAUGAUGCCGAGCGUCGUAAAGCAGAUGCAGGAAAUGAACGACCAGACGGACAAACAGCUGAUCAAAUGCAUCGAGGAGGACACGACGUCGCAGGAAUACUUCUACAAACCACCGAUUAACCAGUGCACGUUAAACUUCAUCAACCCGGAUCUCGAGUGGGAAUACCGUGAUCACUACUUAGAGGACGACAUGGAUACGAACAUUUUCGCUGCGCCACGAUUCAGCGCCAUGCUCGAUAUGAUCGUCUCGUUGUUGAUUUUCGUCAUGAUUUCCAUCUGCUGUUUCAUCGGAUUCGAGAUUCAGAUUUCGUGGAUCAUUGUGUUUGUGAUGUCGUUAAUCCUGGAGCUGCUGUGUGUCACGCCGUUGAUUCUUCAUAUAUGCUUCCCGCGUGUUAUGAAUUUCGAGAGCAAGUUUGCGCAGUUUCUGUCCAACUGGUAUCCACGUCACUUCCUUGGCGUCCUCAUCUCUUCGAUUCCGGUCGCGGCCGUCUAUUCUAACUUCUCGUGCGUGAUGUUCACGCGGUGGACAAUCACGCAGUCGUAUUUCUGUUACUUGAUCGUGACAGCAUUGAUGCACUAUUGUAACUUCACCAUGUACAGCAUGUGGAUGAAAUCUGUCUUGGCGACUGUCGCAGGGAUUAUCCUGGUGAUUCUUCUUGGAAUCGGAGUCUGUCAACUAGCACCGUCUGCUGAUGUUCAGAUGCUUGCAAACUUUACGACUCCACUUCCUGUCUAUAGCACUGUCGGAUCAAAUCUUUCCGACACCGUGCUGGAGCAACUAUUCCACGGACAACAUGCGUUACGUUUCGAAGCUAUCUUGGAUAUGUUGUUGAUUUUGCUUCUGGUGUGGUUCUUGAAUCGUGAAUUUGAGAUCACUUACCGUCUCGGUUUCCACGGAGACGUGGAAGCCGCCAACGAUCGUAUGAAAAUGGAAGAUGCAAAGGAGCAAGCUGAUUGGCUACUUCAUAACAUCAUCCCUGAGCACGUAUCGGAGCAAUUGAAGCUCACAUCGAAGUACUCUCGUAAUCAUAAGCACGUCGGUGUGAUUUUCGCAUGUAUUACUAAUUUCGACGAAAUGUACGAUGAAUCGUUUGAGGGUGGAUUAGAAUUUCUCCGCGUACUCAAUGAGUUGGUCGCCGAUUUCGAGGAGCUGUUGAAUUUGCAGAAAUACAAGGAUGUCGAGAAAAUCAAAACGAUAAGCAGCACGUUUAUGGCUGCGUCUGGAUUAAACGAACAGAGCAGAGCACAAAACAAAAUGGAGUUAGCGCAUCUGUACGCAUUGAUGGAAUUCUCCAAUGACAUGUUGAAGGUCAUGGAGCGGUUCAACGAGAGUAUCUUCAACUUUGACUUCAUCUUGAAGAUUGGAUACAAUACUGGCGAGGUGACCGCGGGUGUCAUCGGAACAACGAAGCUUCUCUUUGACAUCUGGGGGGAUACGGUGAAUGUGGCAAGUAGGAUGUAUUCCACCGGAUGCCAGUGGCGUAUCCAAGUAACGAAGGAUGUUUCCCAGCAACUGUCCGACAUGUUUGAAUUUGAAUAUCGCGGCCCCGUCUUUGUCAAAGGCAAGGGCGACUUAGAAACCUUCCUGAUGGUGAAAAAGAAAGAUGAUGCGCACUGGGAAUAACUUUAAUUGGCGUAAUUUUUUAAACGUUUGUUGCUGUUGUUGUUGUUGUUUAUAAAAGAUGCUAUUUUAGAUACUAAGUAGGAGCAACGUAUGACAAAACGCCAAUUUCCUCAAGCAGGUUUGACUUCUGCUCAGGUAUUGACCAAUCAGAAGCCAUGUAAGCACCAUGGUGUGCUUUCUGAGCCAAACAAGUAUGAUAGCUGUCUCCUGAUUGGCCAAUUCCUGUUCAGCAGUCCCAAAUUCCUGCUUGAGGAAUUGGCAAAUUGACACUUAUUCGACAUAACAUGAUGUUUGAGAAUACGCAGAAUCUCAUUACAAACAAUGCCUCAUUUUACCAUCACGUUUCGGGUUGUUCAUGUAGAUGGCAACACUUGACGACAAUCAUGUGGCUUUGGAUGACAAAACGAUAAUGUUGCAUAAGUCUAAAGCUCAAAUAAAACAUAAUUUUACAAUCGAUCCUGACAUAGAUUAAAACUGCACGGGUCACAUGUUACUCUCCAAUAUGCCACUGUAUAUAUCUCCACAAAACACCACAUACAGUAGAACCUCUCCAUUAAGGACACCCUCCAAACUGGCAAGUGCUGUCCUUAAUAGAGGGUUGUCCUGAUUAGAGAGGUCAAAAUGAAUGGAAACAAUUUAGGACCAAAACUUGUACUAGUGUCCUUAAUAGAGAGGUUGUCCUAAAUGGAGAGGUGUCCGCUAAGGGAGGUUCCACUGUACUUUCAAGCUGUACAUAUAAUAGACUUUAGCUGCCAUGCAAAUGUUUUGUUUCUUGAAAGGUGUUUCAAAAUUAGGGCUUUGUAUGAGUAGUUGUUUUAAUAUAGACUUCCAAUGGCCUUUGUAGGUUAUCGGUACCUUAUGGUAUUGGUUGGAAAAUGAAAGUAUUGUAUAUGCUUUGUUGGUAUGAGAUAGGAAAAUGCAUUGUCUAAGUACCUGUAAAAUCUAAGGAUGUAACUAACCUGAUCUUUUCGCUGUCCUGUUUUGUCUCACAUGAAAACUUUGGGAGUUUUCAAACAUCUGGUUUGUUUCAAAGAGAGGACAGGUUGUGACUUCGUCCUUCCCAGGUGAGGCAAUGUCACAACCUGUCUUCUCUGCAGAACUUGGCUUUGCAUGUAAGGAUUGAUGCCUCCAAACAUGUAUGGUUUGUCACAACGAGAGGACAGGUUGUGACUUUGUUCUGCCUGGGCAGGACAAUGUCACAACCUUUCCUCCACAGAACAGGGUUUGCCAUGUAAGGAUUGACGCAAGCCUCAGGUCGACACUUAACGAUACAAAAAUGUUAUUUUCUCAUAAAUCAACUUGUAACCAUAGAUUAUAUUUCUUCAGUUAAAAAGAUUGUUAGACGUGCGUUGGAAUAUUUAUUCAAAUUGUAUCAUAGGUGUUUGAAAAUAGUAGAGAGUGUUAUGAGAAUUAGUCCUGUCAUAAUGUAGAGAAGACGGACUUAUAACAAUAUCAGUUAGGAGUAUUCUUAGUAGCGUUGUUAUUUGUACGUGACAAGAUGUGCUCGCUCUGUAGGAUGCACAGGAUUUAUGUACACGUACAUCUUGCCCGCAGCUUGUAAUAUAAUUUGACGUUUCUCAAAUUCAAAAUACAUCUGAAAAUGCCCGAUUCGAGGUUGACUUUGUAUCGUUGUUACUCAUGGCAGAUCUGUGUUUGGGCAGUGUCAUGAAGGGUAGAUUAGAUCUUAACUGGGUUCCCACUGAGAAAAAGAUCAUACAUCUACGACCUAAAUUUUCAAGGUAUUUUGGUUCCUCCAGACGACACUAGAUGUCCCCAGCUACUCGAAUAUGUUUUAUAUUGUUUCUCAGGCCUGGGGCGUCAGAAUUGAAUAAUUUUUUCGACUGAGCGGGCGGGUGGAGUCUGCCUUCCAAUAUGCCCUAACUUGACGCAGCGUCAUGUAGAGUAUCAGUGUCUCUCAUCUACUAGUGAACUAACACUGAUACACUAAUAUUACAGUAUGGUACACUUGAUAAGGAACACUGAUACACUGGUAUUACGACGCCCGUAAAUGUUAAAGUAUAUAGAUUUUGCAAAACUUUUGUGUGUAUUAUGAUGUACAGUGCAACUAGGAGUAAAAAAAUAUAGCCAUAUAGACUACAGGCCUACCAUAAAUUGGUCCAGAGUAGUUUGACGCAGUUUAAAUAGUGUAUCAGUUUCCCCUGUCACUUUCUGCCCUGUUACUAUCAGUAUACUGACCACUGGUACACUAAUAUUACGAUACACUGAUCCCUUAAAAGUAAAAAGUGUAAAAGUGUAUUGACUUCAUAAAACAAUCUGGGCCAGAUUUAUGUUCGUCCAGCAUUCUUUCUCACAAAAUAUUUUGUUCAUAGCUACUCAACUAUUGUACUGCAGGCUGAAAGGAUAUUUUUCUAAUUUAACCAUCUUCUGAGUAAAGUUGUGCUUAUCAUGAUGUAUACAUGUGAUAUAAUUAGUUGUUUCUAUCAUGUAAAAUCAUGUUACAAUUUCAUAUAGAACAUACUGUACAUCUCUAAUGCAUUGAUUUAGUACAGGGCGUUGCGAAAACAUUGAAAGAUAGAAAUAGCAAAUUAAGACUCGAAUGUGCAUCAUUACUAAAAUGGACACCACGAAUGAAAA